CUAACCUCGCUCAAAUUCGUCACGUAAUAAACAACAUCUUCCGACUUAUAUACUGUUCAACGCUCAAUUUGUUCAACUGAACAAUACCAAAAUCCUCACCGAUAUCACUUCUCAGUUCAACUGAUUUUCACAUAUACAUUACUAGGAUGUCUUCCGCUGCUACCAAAAAAUCAACUCCUGCCAAGAAAACUAUCAAAUCGACUGUGCCUUCUCACCCUACAUUUAACGUCAUGAUCACCAAGGCCAUCAAAGACCUGAAAGAGAGAGGAGGAUCAAGCAAGAUGGCCAUUGUCAAGUACAUCGAAGCGAACUUCCAAGCAGGCAACAUGGUCGACCAUUUCGUUAAACUGACACUUCGAAAGAUGUGUGAGGAGAAUGAACUUGUUCACGCCAGUUCCAACAGCACUGGAGCUAAAGGAUCAUUCAAAAUACCUGCCAAAGAAACCACCACAGUCAAGAAACCAAAAGCGGAGGCUAAAACUACAGUGAAAAAGACCGCAUCUCCAAAAAAUAAUUCUCCUGCCAAAAAGACCGUAGCCAAAUCAGUAAAGAAAAAUAGUCCGAAAAAAGCCGCAGCUAAAAGAGUAGCAACUGAUGCUAAGAAAGCGGCGUCUUCUAAAGUCAAAGCUACCAAGGAGACCGCCUCGAAAAAGUAGAUGACAACCAUUAUCAAACAUUUGAACAAAAUUUUGUAUCUUUUAUUUUGCGCUAUUUUUCUAACAAAAAUUAAUU